AUGAAUCUACAUUGGAUAGUACUUUUUACCUUUAUAAUUUCGAUCCAUGCACAAACGGGCUCGUUUCCCGAUUGUAAAUCAGGACCCCUUUCAACAUUUCCUAUAUGUGACCAAAGUCUUCCAUCGCGUCAACGAGCGGCUGACCUUGUUAGUCGUAUGACGACGGCAGAAAAGAUUACGCAAUUGGUCACAACUGCUGCAGCCAUACCACGCUUAGGUUUACCGAAAUUUGAAUGGUGGUCAGAAGCCUUACAUGGUGUUGCUUAUUCACCUGGUGUUUCAUUUGGCGGCGACUUACCAGCAGCGAGCAGCUUUCCCACGCCGAUCAACCUUGGUGCUUCAUUCAAUAUGAGCCUUGUUCAUCGUAUUGCUAGCGUUAUUUCCACAGAAGCACGAGCGUUCAACAAUGAGGGUCGGGCUGGAUUGGUCUUCUUCACACCGAAUAUAAACAUCUUCCGCGAUCCACGUUGGGGCCGUGGUCAAGAAACGCCCGGUGAAGAUCCGUUCCUAACAUCACAAUAUGUCUAUGCAUUGAUCAAUGGCCUGCAACGUGGCGACGAUGAACGAUAUUUAAAAAUAGCUGCUGACUGCAAACAUUAUGCGGCUUAUGAUCUAGAAAACUGGAAUGGAACAGAUCGUUUUCAUUUCGAUGCCCGUGUCAGUGAUUUAGAUCUCAUCGAAACCUACAUGCCACCAUUCGAAACAUGUAUACGCGAUGCUAAAGUAGCUAGUAUUAUGUGUAGCUACAAUGCAGUCAACGGUGUACCAUCAUGUGCGAAUAAAUUUAUAUUGGAAACAAUUGCACGUGAAUCGUAUCGUCUGGACGGAUUUGUCGUGAGCGAUUGUGGUGCUGUAUCGACAAUUAUGGACUCACACCACUAUACAUCUACGGUAGAAGAUACCGUUGCUGUUGCUUUACACGCUGGGACGGAUCUGAAUUGUGGAGAUUUCUACUUGAAACAUACGCAAGAAGCGUUAGAUAAGAAGACUAUCGUUGAAGCCGAUAUUGAUCAAGCGGUACAACGAACGUUCAAUGUUCUUAUUCGUCUUGGCUAUUUUGACCCACCCGAGCAACAACCCUACAGAAAACUCUCGCAUUUUGAUGUUGAUACAGUCGAAACCAGACAACUAUCAUUAGAAGCUGCACAUCAAAGUAUUGUUCUAUUAAAAAAUUCGAACAAAGCUUUACCAUUGGAUAUUAAUCAACUACAAAACAAGAGAAUUGCAUUGAUUGGGCCAACGGCUAAUGCAACUGAAUUAAUGCAAGGAAACUAUUUUGGUAAAGCACCAUUUCUACUUGAUCCUGUCACGGCAUUUCGAGGACUUGCUAUUGGUCAUUCCAUCAAUGUCAGCUUUGCCUACGGUUGUAAAAUUGCUGAUGGUGACCAGAGCGGAUUCUCCGAAGCUAUCGAGCUAGCAAAAUCAUCUGAUGUUGUUAUUUUCUUCGGUGGAAUUGAUCAAUCUAUUGAAUCCGAAGGGCACGAUCGCACAUCGAUUGCUCUACCCGACAUUCAAUUGCAGCUAAUCCAACAACUAGAAAAGACUGUGCGCUCACCCCUUCAUAUUGUCAUCAUGUCCGGAAGCGGUCUAGACCUUUCCUAUGUACGUGAUUCCAGCCAAUGCGCAAGUCUUAUCUGGAUGGGUUAUGCCGGACAAUCAGGUGGUCUUGCCCUUGCUAAUGUGAUGUUUGGUGAUUAUAAUCCUGGUGGCCGUUUACCAAUAACAAUGUAUCCUGCAUCUUAUGUUGAUACGGUCAGUAUGUUCGAUAUGCAAAUGCGUCCAUCGCCAACCAAUCCUGGCCGAACGUAUAAAUUCUAUACUGGUCAGGCAGUUUUUGAAUUCGGCUAUGGCCUUUCGUACACCACAUUUCAAUAUACAUGGUACAACGAUACUGCUGAGUCACGAAUGUCGGUGAAAUCAUUGAUGAAGAAUAAUUUUGAUGAGAAGAAAGUGCAAGUUCAUCUUUACCGGGUUAACGUCACAAAUACAGGCUCAGUAGCUGGUGAUGAUGCUGUUCUUGCAUAUGUUGUACCACCACAACAAUCAUUAAACGGUCAAACACCUCCUCUGAAGAAACUAUUCGGUUUCGAACGUGUCCACCUGAACGUUGGCGAAACAAAACAAGUCUUUUUUCCGUUUAACAUGGAAUCAUUAUUGACAGUAGCACAUGAUGGAGCAAAAUGGCUAGAGCCAGGCUCACAUAAAAUUAUCAUUGGAAAACAACAUAUGCAUACUAUUCAUCUGUACGGCAAGCCUGCUCGAUGGUCUUAG